AUGUUGCAUGUCCCGGUCCUUGCGGUCGUAGCGGCGCUGCUCCAGACCGGGCUCGCUAGUCAACCCGACGCACCAAAGCCUUAUGCAGCCCCUUUACGGGAUCUACGACUAGGCUCAGUGAACUUUCUACACACAACAGACACUCAUGGAUGGCAUGCGGGUCAUCUGCUUGAGCCUUCGUAUGCUGCUGAUUGGGGAGACUAUAUCGAUUUCGCUGGGCGGAUGAGAGAAAAACUUGAGGCUGAUGGGAGGGACCUUCUCCUGGUCGACACAGGCGACCGAAUAGAAGGCAACGGUCUCUACGAUGCUUCAAAGCCAAGAGGCAAAUACACGUUCGACAUCUUUAAGGAGCAGAACAUUGAUCUGAUCUGCUCCGGGAACCACGAACUAUACAAAGUCACAUCUGCCAGUGACGAGUACAAUAUCACGGUACCGGCCUACAAGGACAGCUACCUGGCAUCGAAUCUUGACAUCUUCGACCCUGUCAAAAGCAAAUUCGUCCCAUUAGCGGCAAAAUUUAAGAAGUUCACCACCAAGAAGCAAGGGGUCCGCAUAAUGUCAUUCGGCUUUAUCUACAACUUUCAGCGAAACGGCAACAACACUCGUGUUCGACCAGUCAAAGACACCAUCCAGGAGCCCUGGUUUCAGGAAGCCAUCCGCGACAAGGACGUAGACCUCUUUGUCGUUAUUGGCCAUUCAGCCGUUCGAUCGGAGGAGUUCGAUGCCAUCUACAAAGCUAUCCGCUCCGUGAAAUGGGACAUUCCUAUUCACUUCUUUGGUGGGCACUUUCAUAUUCGCGACUAUAGACGCUACGACUCCAAAGCCUAUGGCCUGGCUAGUGGACGCUUCAUGGAAACAAUCGGCUUUGCAUCCAUUGACGGCGUCUCGGCCAAGAGUAAAAGCGCUGAAACUCUCGCAACGCCCAGCUUCUUCCGUCGCUACAUCGACAACAACCUCUUCUCUUUCUACCACCAUUCAUCAACCAACGCGAGCAAUUUUCACUCCCCUCGUGGAAAAAACGUAUCUUCGCUGAUACAACACUCCCGCUCCGCCCUCGACCUUGAUCACAUCUACGGCUGCGCGCCUACAAACCUUUGGAUGGCCCGCAGCCCCUUCCCAUCGAACCAAAGUAUCUACACGUGGCUUAAUGAAACCGUGCUCCCAGCCCUCGAGCCUUCUGAGCAGACAUACUUGUCUAAACCCCGCCUCAUCCUUCUCAACACAGGGGCUAUCCGUUUCGAUAUUUUUGCCGGUGCUUUCACGCGGGACUCGACUUUUAUCGUUUCGCCCUUCACAAGCACCAUGCGCCACAUUCCCGCCAUUCCCUAUAGCAAGGCGAAGCAGCUGGUGGCGAUACUAAACUCUGCGGGCCAAAUCUUUCUACAAGCCACUGAUGGUGAGGUGAACCCUGCAGACCUGGGGCCACCUAUGCAACGCGGUCGCAACAACAAUGUCCUCGCAGGCCCUUAUGAUACCAGUGAUCUUCCAGCCAAACCGCAAAGUGGAAUCCCAGCUCAAAAGCCCCUUGAAAGUGAUCAUGAAAGACAAGCCCUCCAACCAGGCUAUACCACGACCGAUGACGGCGGCACAGACGGCGAUGAUACCGUGCAUAGCCCGAUCUCUUUCUACCGUGUACCGAACGUGGUACAGUCAACCGUCAAUCCUGCCGGAGGACUCAUUCCCGACGACACACCGGUGGAUGUUGUCUUCAACGAGUUCAUCCAGCCCUACCUAUUAUUGGCUCUCCGAUUCAUCGGAGAGGUGAAGGACGACGCUGACAGCAAGCCGUGGGGUGGGGAUCGGAGUUUCACCGAGAUGAUGGCCGGAUGGAUUGGUGACAACUGGGGCAAACACUGCUAG